AUGUGCUCGCGACGGCUGCAAGAGUACCUGCAGAGGGAGCAGGGCGACGUGAAGCGCAUCUUUGCCAGUGCGGGCAGGCUUGGGCAAGGCACAUAUGGCGUGGUGUACAAGGUGAGGCACGGGAGCAGGGCCGCGGCGUUUGCACACGAGCGGGAGGAAGCGCGAAAGGCAGAGCAAGCGCAAUGGUACGAGGCCGCCGAGGCAAGGCGAAGGGCAGCCCAGCUCGCCCGCGAAGACCCGCAACAGCAGCAUCAGCAGCAGCAGCAGCAAGCACAGGCACAGCAGUUGGAGGAGCAGAUGCAGGUGCCCAUCAUCGACUUUGGUCUGGGCACGAGCUCUACCCCGCCUGUCAGCAGCAACACGAUGAUGGCACGGCCGUCAUCCUGGUCAGCGGGGACAGGGUCGCAGGAGGCGCCAGCUCAGCUGACGGACGUGCUUGCACACAACCCAGCGCCCAUGGACACCGCGGCUGAGCCACGACCACACAGCGUUCCGGCCACCAGCGCCAGUGCCACGAGUACAACCACCACCGGCACGACGACAGCGGCGCCCGCUGAGAGUGGCUCUGAUCCAUCCACGGAACAGGACUCGGGGUCUGCCCCAAAGCCGGCUGCAAGUGGAGAGAGGAAGUCGGGCUUGCCGCCCAUCUCCCACCCAUCCUUCUCCAUCUUUGUCUCGAAUGGGUCCAUGGGCCGCUCGCACAAACGCGGCAAACAUCUCAUCCCUUACGGUUCAUGCCCCCGUUACGACGACACUGAUCGCGACCCGCAGCGCUGGUACGCACUGAAGGCGAUGCAGGCGCCAACAACCAAGAACCUCGACGUCUCCGUCCCCGCACUCCGCGAGUUCUCGUUGCUACGUGAGCUGAAGCACAAGAACAUCAUCAUGAUCAAGGACACGUUCCUUCGCCCCACCGUGGACCCGAAGCAGAUAUGGAUCCUCUUUGAAUACGCGACCUUUGAUCUCUGGUACCUGCUGCAAACGCACCGCAAGGAGAAAGGGGCGCCGCUGCCCGAGGCGAUGCAGCUGUCCAUCAUGCACCAGCUCUGCUCCGGCAUGGCCUAUCUUCACGACCACUGGAUCAUCCACCGCGACCUCAAACCCGGCAACAUCCUCAUCACAUCGUACAACGACAUUCGCCCAGGCGUUGUCAAGCUUGCUGACUUUGGACUUGCGCGCCUGUGCAGCGCACCGCCCAAACCGCUCGCACGCGUCGAUCCAAUCGUCGUCACGUACUGGUACCGCGCACCAGAGCUUCUCCUUGGUACCGAGCACUACACGCGGGCCAUUGACAUGUGGGCACUUGGUUGUAUCAUGGCCGAGCUCGUCACGCUGCGCCCGCUCUUUCACGUCGCAGAGGACCAGAAGACAAAGGAUCCCUACUUCAAGGAACAGCUCGCGGCCAUUGCCCAGGUCUUGGGCGUCGCAAUGGAAUCGGAAUGGCAGAUGCUGACAGAACUGCCAAAGUACCCCAACUACAGCAGCGACUCUCGCAAAUUCAAGACACCAACCUGCGUGGGCUGCUGCGUUACGAUCCGACGGCGCGACUGA